GUACUCCGUAUGCUGUGGCAGUUCCCUUUCAACGACCGCUGACUAAGCGAAUAAAUACCAAAACUCCGUAUCGGUAGACAACACCAAAGCCGGUCCGGAAUAUUCAAGAAGCAUUAUUGGAAAGCAUACUCUUUAGGGCAUUCGAGGACCCCAAUUCCCCUAAUCAGGCUGAUCGCGGCCUUGUUGCAUGAAUAUCUAACUUCCGACUGUAUUUUUCGCCGCUCCUCGAAAUGAUCUGCCACCGUUGUCUUCGCGCUGCGGCGGCGAUUUCGCGGCCUUCUUCUAUCCGAACUGCUAUUUCUGUCGCCGAAUCCUCGAGGAUUCCAUCUCUGUCCCUUCAAAGCGAUGUCUCGCGCCUGAAUUCACUGCGACGAGGUUUUUCUACAUCCUUUACUCAUGCCGCCGAGGCCAUCUCGCCCGCCGCCGCAACCCAAGCUAAGGGCCGCCAGGGUCCUGAUGGAGCCGGUCCUUCUUCUGCUACAUCCACGUCUGCUGCUCAACCGUUUUCCACGCCAUUGACGCCAUCGCCUGCCGCACAGGGUAUCAAGGGAACUCCUGCGAAGUCUUCAGCACCUGCUAUCCCGGUAUCGUCGGUCCCCGCAGGCACCCCUCUUAAGGGUCUAGCUUUUCUCAAAAACCAGCCGGAUCCCAUUGCCAAAGAGGAUUCAGAGUACCCGGCUUGGUUGUGGAAGUGUUUGGCUGAAAAAGAAGCGGCUAAUGAGAAGGAGGCUGAGGUGGGAGAUUUAUACUCAAAAUCUCGAAAGCAGCGUCGACUUGCGGCCAAACGUCUCCGCAAGCUGGCCCUUCUCAACCCCGAGUCUCUUGCUCCCAAGGUGCCAUUGCAGGAGCAGAGUAUCGAUUUGCCUGCCGGUGAUGGAACAGCCCAGGGUGCCAUUGAAGCGAAGUUCAGCCGAGACGAAUUGACCAAGGCUAUGCGUACCAAGAGACGUAGUCUGAUCAAGGAGGAUAACUUCUUGAGAGGAAUGCGGUAAACUCGUUUAAAGGCUAGUUGACAGUCUGUGCCUCGGGGCUAAAGUGGGAAGCUACGACGUCGGAACGAAGCAGAAGAUAUGGAAUCUCAUCGCAGACCAGGUGUCUUAACUCGUCUUGUCGGUGCCUGAGAUUCUCAAAGUCGAUGGGUCCAAGGUGAAUCAAAAUGAAGCACCGACAAGAUCCUCUGUUCGUCGACCUCGAUGAUAAAGAAACAUUUCCCCGGACAGCAUGAAGCACGGAGUGUGGAGGGAGUGUCAAGGAUAAUGGCCAGAUAUGGUCCAGUAUAUUUUGCACUCAAAAUGUUUUUUUAUUUUUUAUUUUUUAUUUUUUUCUAAGUUGUACAGAUAUAUUCCCUGAGAUUUCAUUUAAUCCUUGUCCAUUGUAUACUAGACGAAC